AUGCAGCCCCCUCACCUCUUCGUCUUCCUCAUCUACCUUCUGCCUCUCUCUGGAACAUGGGCAGACCUGGAAGGAACCUUCACUAUCCAGCUGCUCUGGGCCUCCACCUUCCAAAACAGCUCCUUCGUGGAUAUGGAGUGGCUGGGCCUGCUGGAAGAUAUUGAGCUUGGUUCUGUUGAUAAGCACAUGUGGACCAUCCACUUCUGCCAGCCCUGGGUGUACCAAGCCCUUCCCUGCAGAGACUGGCACACCACUGAGAAUAUGAUGAAGGCCUAUUUGCAGGAGUUCAACCAUGUGGUCCAUGAAGGUGCCAUGCAGAAGGAUACCCAAUGCAUGGCAGGCUGCAAGAUCUACCCCAACAGGACCUCCCAAGCAUUCAUCUCUGUGGGUUAUAAUGGCCUGGAUUUCUUCAGCUAUGACAUGGACAAUGACACCUGGCUCAUAUCCCAGGACAGCAGCCUGUCACAGCAUGUCCUGGCCACUCUCCAUAACUGCACUGCCUUCAGUAAGGUGGUGGCAGCCCUCUUCAAGAAUACCUGUGUUGAUGGCAUAGAGGCGUUACUGAGCUAUGGGAAGGCAGCUCUGGAGAGACAAGAGACCCCCGUGGCCGCAGUCUUUGCCCGCACAGCCAGCCCGGCCCAGCUCCUGCUGGUUUGCCGUGUCACCGGCUUCUACCCACGGCCCAUCAGCGUGGCCUGGCUGCAGGACGGCCAGGAGGUGCCCCCGGGCCCGGCGCUCAACACCAGCAGCAUCCUGCCCAAUGCCGACCUCACCUACCAGCUGCGCAGCUGCCUGGCCGUGCGCCCCCGGGAUGGGCACAGCUACGCCUGCCGCGUCAGCCACCGCAGCCUGGGCACCCGCAGCCUCCUCAUCCCAUGGGGGAACGCGGAGGUGGUGCUGAUCGCAGGGCUCGGGGCCGGGCUGCCGGCAGCCGUGGCAGUGGCUGCCAUCAUGGUCCUCUGGGUGUGGAGACGCAAGUGA